AUGUCAACCCCAAAACCAACAGAAAGCGCGGCGACACCAGCCGAUCCCGCCCCAGUUGACACCCGCGAUGCGCUCGAAGUCCUCGAGUCGGAAGCCAAGGAGUGGGACAAGGACGCCGAAAUCGACCGCAUCCUCAAAGCCUUCCGCCUGAACGCCUACGCCGUCCUCGGCCUAAAACCCGGCGCCCCCGAAUCCGACAUCAAAAACCUCUAUCGCAAGAAAUCCCUCCUCAUCCAUCCAGACAAGACCAAAAACCCCCUUGCCCCCGACGCCUUCGACCGUUUGAAAAAAGCGCAGACCGAGCUCAUGGACGAGAAGCACCGCGCCCGACUCGACGAGGCCAUCGCCGACGCUCGCAUGCUCUUGAUGCGGGAGAUGAAGCUCACUGUUGACUCCGAAGAGCUCAAAACCCCAGAGUUUGAGAAGAAGUGGGAUGAAAAGACGGUACUUGUGCUGGUGGAGAAUGAGCAAAGGAGGAGGCGGCAGAUGAAGGCGCAGUUGCAAGAGGAGGGUAGGGAGCAGAGGAAGCAGGAGGAGGAGUUGGAGCAGAGGAAGAAGAAGAGGCAGCAUGAGGAGGACUGGGAGAAGACGAGGGAUCAGAGGAUUGAUAGCUGGAGGCAGUUUCAGAAGGGGAAGAAUGGGGAGCCGGAGAAGAAGAAGAAGAAGAAGUUGAAGCCGAUUGGGUGA